AUGGUUGAUGAGGAAGACGACUAUCUCUCGGACAAGUUUCUGCUUGAGACUGCUCCUGCACCCUCGGGACUGAGUACCUAUGCUGAACGACGAAAAGAAGCACAGAGGCUUGCGGUCCUGAAGAACGAGCAGAACAAGAAGAAGAGUAAGCGGCAGCUCGAGCUCGAGUCGCGCGAGGAAGGCCUUCGGAAGAGUCUCUUCGAGCGAGCCAAGGAUGAGGAGGCUGCAGGACAACAGAAUAAGGCGUUGGCCAUGAUGAUGAAGAUGGGCUUCAAGCCUGGACAAUCGCUGGGACAGAAGUAUGACGAACCGUCGUCGUCUGCGAGUGGCAGUCAGGCGGGUGGCAUGGACGAUGCAGCUGAAGCUGAACAAGGGCCAGCCAUAGGACUGAAACGAGGUCUCCAGCACAGAGCAGAGCCCCUGCCGCUCAACGAAUGGACAGGCAAGAAAGGCAUCGGCCUGGGCAAACGCCCUCCUUCGCCGAGCGCAUCCGAGCGCAUGGCUAAAAUGGCCAAGAUGGCGGAGCAGGCAGACCAUACGACUUUCCGCGACCGCGUCCGUCAAGAGUACGAGGAACGGCGGGCACAGGGCCGCCUCGCGCCCGCCCAGCGCACUUGCGCCAACCUGGACGAGAAAGCAGACGUGAAGUUCAAUGUCCUGUGGCUCAACCCGGAGAAUCCAGACGCGUUCCCGGAAGGACUCCUGGACGCACUGGACGACCCGGCCCUCGUUACUGCGCUGCAGCAGCAGAGCAGAGAUGACACGAUCGAAGGCCGCCUUAAAGCCAAGAUGCGCGCAGACGCGCUGCAGCCCCUCGCGACGCCGCUCGGCGCUGACGACGACGAGGCCGACGACGACGACGCGACUGCGGACCCGGAGAAGCCAGAUCUGCGCAGAUCACCAUAUUCGGAAGAGGAGGUCCAAGAAGCGACCCAGUUCCUGCAGCUCAGUGCCAGGAACCGUCUGCAGCUGGUGCUUGACUACCUCCGUCAGAAGUAUGCCUACUGCUUCUGGUGUGGAACGCAGUAUGACGACCAGGGGGACAUGGCGGCCAACUGUCCGGGUCCGGAGGAAGACGCCCAUGAUUAA